AUGGAAUUGGGAAAAUCAAUAGAGAUGCAAAACGAAGUCGCAGUAAUACUUACGAAGCAUGUCAUCGCAACAGUUGCCAACGGCUCCAACUUUGUCUUCUCACCAAUAUCAAUCAACCUUUUGCUCUGUCUCAUCGCUGCUGGUUCCAGUUGCGUCACCAAACAAGAAAUCACCUCAUUCCUGAAGUUACCGUCAUCGGAUCACCUCAACUCAUUCUUGGCCAAGACCGUAUCUGUUCUCUUGGCCGAUGGCAGCAUCAAGAGAAGUGAUUUGCGUUUAUCUAUGGCUAAUAGUGUCUGGAUCGAUUAA